AUGUGUGUUGUGAAAGCAGGUGAUAAUGACAACACAUUGUGGAACCAAAAGUUUGUGUUCGAUUUCCCAAUGUAUCAAUGGAAGAAGCUGACCCACAUCAAGGUUAGAAUCAUGGACAAAGAGCUCUUCAAAGAUGGUGGAUUUGUCGGUGAAACCAUAAUUCAUCUUGGAGGGAUAAUAACCGAAGGACGUGACAGAGGAUACAUAGAAGUCAAACCAGCUCCAUACAAUGUUGUUCUUGACGAUGACACAUUUAAAGGCGAACUAAAACUUGGCUUCAGAUUCACUGCAGCGGAUAAAUUGCGUAUCAACAAGGCAUGGGAAGUGAAGAUAGAGGAUAAAAACCGUGAAGAGCCAAUGAUUUCUCCAGUUCUGAAUCUGAUGAAGCUCCCUUUGUUAAGGUUCACAGCUGCAUGGGCAAGAAUGCAAGGUCUCAUCAAUGCAGAACUUCUUUAUUGUUCGGUCGUCUAUAAAAGCAAUUUUCUAUUCGUAGCUAGGGAUUUCAGUUUCUCAAUCAACCAUUUCACGGUAUCGUGA